CCACCUUCAUCAUCCUUCUUCUUCCUUUUCCCCCUCUUCCACCCUCAUCGAUACUCCCCACUUUCUAAAUAAUCAACGAAUUCCCUACACUCUACACUACCAUCAGAUAAUCACUACGUUUCCUGAAUCGAUUUUGCAUGUAUUACAAGGUUGGUUGAUUUCAAUUAUCGCAUGUUUUCCUUCUGGUUUUAUAGAUUUCAGUCGUGUAGUUGAAUGCCCACAUGAAAACCACCUUGAUUUCCUGAAUUUCAAGCGGUUUUCCGGCGAACCCCCUGAUGGAAAAGGAGCCGCUUCUUCCGUCGUAUGGAAAAGUUCCGAGAACGCCGUCGUUACUAUGUCCUCUACCGGAAGAAAAUCAAAUCUCUAUUCCGGCAUCUCUUACUCCAUCGGAGUUCAAAGAUAUGCUUAUAUUUGGUUCUCCUAGAGAAGCGUCAUCAUCAUCAUCUUCUCACAUUGUUGAUGCCCUAAACCUAAAUGAUAAUCAUAAUCUUUCUCCAAGAGCUUUUGCUUCUUCUUCUGAUCCGAAUCCGGCUUCUAAACAAAUUCCUGUUAUAAAUCCAGACUCUAAUCGAUCAGUUGAUCCUAAUUACCCUUUUAGGAAGAUUAAUCUCCAUCGAUCGAAAACUGCCCCUGCCAUUUCUACAAUCAACGAAUUCGACCCACCUUCGAAACCUAAACCGCCUCAAUUAGUGUCUCCUUCGAUUAUUCGUCAAUCGGUUGUGUUAUUGAUCAUGUAUUUGUUACUUGGUGUGAUUAUAUACUGGUAUAACAGGGAAAAUUUCAUGGGUUCUGAGACUCAUGUGGUUAUUGAUGCUUUAUAUUUCUGUAUUGUUACAAUGUGUACUAUUGGUUAUGGCGAUAUAACUCCCAACAGUUCUGUAACUAAGCUUUUUUCGAUCUUGUUUGUGUUGGUUGGAUUCGGGUUUAUCGACAUUUUGCUCAGUGGGAUGGUUAGUCAUGUUCUUGAUCUUCAAGAGAAUUACUUGUUAAGUUCUUUAAGUAACCGGAAAAAGGGCGAUCAUCCUUCGUAUAUAAUCGAUGUGAAAAAGGGUCGAAUGAGGAUACGAAUGAAAGUGGCGUUGGCAUUAGGGGUUGUGGUUCUCUGUAUCGGUAUAGGUGUUGCGGUCUUGCAUUUUGUGGAGAGUCUUGGUUGGCUUGAUUGCUUUUAUUUGUCGGUUAUGUCCGUGACUACGGUUGGUUAUGGUGAUAAAGCGUUUACAACAACCGCUGGUCGUGUUUUUGCGUCUGUUUGGUUGCUUGUGUCGACACUUGCUGUUGCUCGUGCCUUUCUGUAUUUGGCUGAGGCUCGCGUUGAUAAGCGGCAUAGGAGCAUGGUUAAAUGGGUUCUUGGUCAAGAUCUCACGGUCGCUCAGUUUCUUGCUGCAGAUAUCGACAACAAUGGUUCCGUGAGCAAGUCGGAGUACGUGAUAUACAAGCUGAAGGAGAUGGGAAAGGUUACGGAGAAAGACAUAUUGCAGAUAUGCACAAUUUUUGAUCGGCUCGACACGGGAAACUCGGGAAAGAUCUCGCUUGCCGACCUUAUGCAUAGCCGAAGUAGAUAACCAACGAUAUAAGUACCUGUUUCAUGUAACUAACAAAGAUUGCAAGUUGAACCGA